ACAAACUGUGAAAACAUGACAACUAGACUUUAUCCUACCCUUUUGCUCUUCUUUUUGCUCUCCUGUAUUUUUAGCUACGUUGCUGCAACCAACUACAAUUAUGGCAAAGGACCUCUGCCAUCCAAGUUCACCAAAGGAAAACAGUGGCCUGCUCAUGGAGAGCAACUGGAGUGCAGACCUAUCCAGCUACACAUUGCCAGAGGGUCCAAACGAUAUAAAGACCUCGUGGUUUACUCCAGUCAAGCUACAUAUCUUCAUUUUGCCAGCAGUGACUGUCGGAUAAUGUCAUCUAGGCUCCACACUCGUCUUUCCUCUUUAGCACAAGAUUACUAUUGGAGAUAUCACAUCAAACUCCUUGUACUGAAAGCCUGGACACCUUAUCCUGACUAUAGUCUUGAUAAUACCUCUCUUCAUUAUGAAGGAAGAAGUGUCAGAAUUCACGUUACAAGCCGUAAUGUGACGAGAUUACUCAAAAUGGCUGUCAGUGCUGGCUUUGAUUGGGUUAUGUAUGAUAAAAAAGGAUACGCAAGAAUGAGUGUUAUUCCAGAUGCUUGUGAUACUAAUCUUGAUGUUGUUUUUGUAUUGGAUCAGUCCGGCAGUAUAGGCUACUAUAAUCAUCAACUUGCCCUUAAUUUUCUAAGCAAAGUUGUGGAAUUCUUUAAGAUUGGUGCUAAUAAAACCCAAGUUGGCCUAAUAACUUAUUCAACACAUGCUUAUGUACAGUUUGACCUGAAUGAUUAUCAUUCAAAGAGCACUAUACUCAACAGAAUAUCAAGAAUCUAUUACACUGGUGGCUGGACUGCCACAGCACUCGGUUUAUUUCAAGCUGGUGUCAUUCUAAAUCCUCAACAGAUGAGAGGAGCUAGACCCAUCUCUCAAGGUGUACCUCGUGUUGUCAUUUUGCUCACUGAUGGUCGUUCUAAUCGUGUACCUAUUGAUGAAGUAGCACCAUCGCUUCAUGAUUUCGGUAUACAGGUCUACACUGUUGGAGUUGGUAACAUAUACCUUCCCGAGUUAAAAUUUAUUGCAUCAGAUCCUGACCCGUAUCACAUUUUCCUGUUGGAUUCAUUCAGCGAUGCAUCUGGUUUUGUGGAUUUUCUGAGCUCAACUACUUGUGAUACUCCUGCUGUAGUAGAACCUGGAGAGAAUACCACCACAGAAGUCCCAGAGGACGGCUUCCGUUUCUUCCAAACUGAGUGCAAUGCCUUCUCUGUGUCUGUUGUUGUAGAGCAGAUUGACUUGUAUGGCAAAUGUCAUCUUUAUGCUUCCACUUCUAAACCGAACCCUGGUCCACUUGAUAACAGCAGUGUGGUAGUGAGAAAUGAAGACCUGACGUCUGAUAGAAGAUUUGUAAUCGUUAAAGGUGUUAAGAAAUUCAUUUACAUAUCAAUACGAGGCAUUAGAGUUAAGAAUAUGUUUACUGUAAUCAUUUGGGACAUGCUGUUUAACCAAGAGGUGUAUAGCAUAAAUGUUCCUGAAGGAAUUCCAAAUCAACACAUUUUUAAUCUUACAAGUGAAAUUUCGGUCACCACUGAAAGUUACUACUUUCGGAUCAAAAAUGGAAAUGAUAACGAUGAUUUCAUGCUUAACAACAUUACUGGCCUCCUUUUUGUUCGUAACCCGCUGAGCAUAGCGAGACAACAAUAUUAUCAUCUCGUAAUAAUAGCUGAAAACAGGAAUGCAUCCUGUCACAGAGGGAAAGUUACUAUUAAGAUUAACGUUAUCCCUGAUGAGCUGGAGUUUGGGAACUUACAGCCGGUUAGUAUACCUGAAAACGCCACUGGUAUUGUUACCCGUGUAACAGCUAAUGGGAACAGUAGCUCAAUCACGUACUCAAUAACUGGAGGUAAUACAGGGAACUCGUUUGUGAUCGAUGCAAAUACUGGUGAUAUUAGUGUAGCUAAUAACAGUGUCCUGGAUCAUGAAACUGUUCCUCUGUAUCAACUGAAUGUACAAGCUAGAUCUAGUCUUGGAGCUACAGCUACUGCAACUCAAAUUAUUAAUAUCCUUGACAUCAACGAAGCACCUGUUUUUACAAAUUCGUGCGCACUUGCUAACGAAUGUCGAUUUUUUGUACUUGAGAAUGUGACAUUAUCUGGUUUGGUUGGAUAUCUAGUAGCUACAGAUCCUGAUUUAGCUACUGUGCCCAAUGGUCAAUUGAACUAUACCCUGGUGGCUUCUGAAACAGUUCCUUUUACAAUAGACAACUCAGGACGCAUUACAUUAAAUGGUACUUUGGAUAGGGAGACCAGGGACUUGUAUCAAUUCACUGUCAUUGUAAUGGAUAAUGGCUCUCCUAGUUUAUCAAUAAGAACAACAGCAACUGUUAGAGUUCUUGACGUCAAUGACAAUGCUCCAGAAUUUGUUCAAGGUCGGACAUUUCUAAGCAUUCCCGAAGACACACCAAUAGGACGACCCAUAGAGCAGUACAUAGUGGUUGAUGAUGACAUUGGCAUUAAUUCUCUGAUUAGUUAUAGAUUAGAAUCUUCCCUUCCUUCAAUUCCAUUUUCCAUCAACAAUAAUGCAUUGCUCACUGUUUCAGGCCCUCUUGAUGCCGAUGAGGGUAUAACAUUAUAUAACUUUACCAUUUUUGCUAGUAAUUUUGAUGGCCUUGGCACUAGUUUCAAUGUCUCUGUGGAAAUAACUGAUGUUAAUGACAAUGCUCCGCAAUUUCCUAUUUCUCCAAUUAGAGCAAAUGUAACUGAGCAUGUUGAUGUUGGUACUAGUGUUGUUCAGGUUGUAGCUACUGACAUUGAUUCUGGUAGUAAUGCAGAGAUAUCCUAUAGCAUUAUACUUGGCAAUCUUAAUGGUGCGUUUGCCAUUAACAAUAAAACAGGACUAAUAACAGUCAAUGCUGAUAUUGACAGAGAAUUAGUUAAUGAGUUCACAUUGACAGUACAAGCAGAGGACUUAGGUGAACCUUCUCGGUUGAGGAACACUACAGCAGUGAUCAUUACAGUUAAUGACAUUAAUGAUAAUCCUCCCGUUUUUAUGCCUAGCACAAUAAAUUUGACUUUUCCUGAGAAUCAAGCUUUAGGUUCACUAAACAUUACUAUUAGUGCUACUGAUAAUGACGAGCCUGGCAAUCCUAAUUCUAUCAUCACGUACUCUAUUACCUCUGGCAAUGAUGGCAAUAGUUUUUCUAUUAAUUCUGCAACUGGUUUACUCUCGUUAGUGUCCUCUCUAGAUUUUGAAGUAAGAAAUAAUUACUCCCUAGUAGUCGAAGGAAGAGACAAUGGUGAUCCAACAAUGACUGGUACAGCUCUUGUUAAUGUUGCAGUGACAAAUGUCAACGAUCAUCCUCCAGUCAUUACCCGUGAUGUUGAAAUCACUGUCCCAGAAAACACUCCCAUUAACAGCAGCCUUGCUCAGUUCAAUGCAACUGAUCUCGACCAAAUGACUGUUCAUUUUUGCUUUGCCGAUGGUAGCAAUUCAAACGGUCUGUUUGCUAUUGACUCUAAGACUGGUGUAGUUACAUUAGUUUCUUCACUUGACUUUGAGACAGCAAGAGUUCAUGUGCUGGUUAUUAAGGCUAACGAUUCCAUUCACACAGACAAUGCUACAUUAACUGUUAACGUCCUUGAUGUUAAUGAAUUCGCACCUCAAUUUGUGGGCCCAGUUUCCUUUGAAGUUGGUGAAGCAAAUUCUACUGGUGAUGUGGUUGGAAAAGUAAUGGCUACUGAUAGAGACGGUAGUGACACUGUCAUGUAUUUCUUAGAGUCUAACUCUAUCUCUGGAUUGUUCUCACUGGAUUCAUCAACAGGCAUAAUAACAACGCGUUCUCCACUUGAUCGUGAAGGGCUUGUUGAAGAGGGUCACUUUCUUCCUCCUGAUUCAAGUGAAAGCGUUACAGUACUUGCUGUUGAUAGCGGUACUCGUCCUGGCCCUCUUCGCACUGAACAGAACAUUACUAUCAGGCUGUUGGAUAUCAAUGACAAUAGUCCUGUUUUCAAUCCUUCAUCAUACACAACAACGAUACCUGAAAACGUAAAUGAAAUCACUGCUUUAUUUAACGUUUCGGCAACUGAUGCUGAUUUAGGAAAUAAUUCUGUUAUUCGUUAUUCUCUCUCAGUUUCGGACGAUUUUUCUAUUGAUCCAGUGACUGGGACUGUGUUUGCUACUAGUCCAUUUGACCGUGAAGAUGUCAACUUAUUCAAUUUUAUGAUUAUAGCUACUGACCAAGGGAACCCAUCUCUCUCAGGUAGUGCUUCUGCUACAGUAAGAGUGACAGAUGUCAACGACAAUCCUCCUCAGUUUUCUACAAAUUUUGACUACGAACGUGAAGUAGCUGAAGAUACACAAGUUGGUGCUGUUUUAACACAAAUUAUAGUUGUCGACGAUGAUCAAGGACUUAAUGCUAUGGUCACAAUCACUAGUAGAGAGGGAGACAAUAACUGUUCAACAUCUUCUGAGUGUUUCUUCAGAAUUAACAAUAAUGGGAUUGUUCAACUCGUACGUCAGUUGGAUUAUGAAACCCAGCAACAGCACAAUGUGACUUUGAUUGCCGUUGAUUCUGGCUCUCCAAGUCUUUCCUCAACACAGCUACUUAUUUUCAAUGUAAUCAAUGUCGAUGAAGCUGAACCAGAAUUCUUAGGACCCUGUGAUUCUUCAGUAUUGGAAGACUCUCCUAGUGGAACUAUAGUCACAUCUUGUCCAGCUAGGGACUUUGAUGAGGUUACAGGUGAGUUUACAGAUGAUAUAAGGUAUUCCAUUAUAAGAGGAAACGAGGAGCUUAUAUUUUCCAUCGAUGAGGAUGGUAAUAUCACUACCGACACUGAGCUAGAUAAAGAGUCUAGGGACCAGUAUACUAUAACCAUUCAAGCUGCUGAUAGUGGUAAUUUAAGGACAACAAUGGAUGUUGUUAUCACUGUACUUGAUGUGAAUGACCAUAGUCCAGAAUUAGCUGGCCCUUAUGAAGUAUUGAUUACGGAUUCCGACAUAAAUAAUUAUAGAUCGUUUGUUGUUAAUGUGUCGGCCACAGACAGGGAUAUUGGUAAUAAUGCUGCUAUUGUAUAUUCUAUUACUGAUACUGAGAUUGAGGAUCAGUUUGCCAUCCUAACAAUCAAUGCCACUGAUAGGGGAAGCCCUGUUGCACUAUCUGACAGCACUUCUGUAAAUGUCACUUUCGAAUCCUCUUGCUUGGCACAAGACUAUCAGAUUGAUUCUGUUACAGGUGUCAUUAGUGGGCAAUUCCUUUGUCGUAUUUCAAUUUCUCCUCCGUUGGUACAAGUUUCUAUUAAUGAAACUAUUACACUUCACUGUGAUGUAUUUAGAAAUGCUGAUGUGUCAGUGCAGUUGCUUAGAAAUGGCAGUGAAAUUGGUUCUGCUACAUUAUUGGGCAGUGGUGAUUCUAGAGCUACAUUCACAAGAGAAUAUGCUACUCUUUCUGAUGCUGGAAUAUAUAAUUGUAAAGCUACUUCAUUCACUACUUUGCAGACAUUUCCUGGGAGCAAUGUUCAGAUACAUGUUCCAGCAAGAAUAACUGUACCUCCUAGUGAUGUAACGGCUAACAUUGGACAAGCAUUUGUUCGAUUUAUCUGUCAAGCUGAAGGAAUACCAAACCCAACUUUUUCUUGGAGAAGAGAGUCUGAGGUUGUAGAAGCAAGUGGUCGUAUCAGUUUAUCGGGCAAUCAGUUGGUGAUUGCUCAAGUUGAUUUGUUGGACUCUGGUACCUAUACUUGUAUAGCCAGUAAUCCUGCUGGAUCAGACAGUGCUUCUGCUGAGCUUAACGUUUUUGGAGCACUGAACUUGCUUGUUGCUCAAGUUGUUGCCUUGUCAAACCCUGAUCCUGUUCAGAACUGUAAUAGUUUUGAUGCUCAAAAGUUUGAGAAAAUGAUGACCCAAAUUACAAAUCACAAAACAAUGGUUACUCAAAGUGAUGGUUCUACAUUAUGUCAGUCUGAUUUAUGUCAUCCUAAUCCAUGUGUUAAUGGUACAUGCAACGUAACUAGUGAUGGCUAUCAAUGUACUUGUACCCCUGGGUUUAUUGGAACUAAUUGUGAUACGGAUAAAAAUGAAUGUGAAGAUCCUGCUCUUUGUCGAAAUGGUGGCACAUGUGAAAAUGUACCUGGUGGAUUUAUGUGUCACUGUGCUGAUGGUUAUUUUGGUGAAAUGUGUCUUUAUAAUCAUGGUAAAUGUGAUUGUCCCCCUGGAACAACUUGUGUCAGUACUGAUGCUGGUUCAACGUGUGUAGUAAAACAAUCAGGGGAUAACUUAAUAAUUGAUGACCCAACUGUUACUAAUAUUGUAUCACUUGAGAACACUGUCAAUACACUAUUGGAAGAUCCACCAAGCUCAUCAGAAAAAAGACGAAAAAGAGAGGGCUUUGUAACAGUAUGCAGUGGAUAUUUUGUACGUCUUUCCAGUUCGUCCAAUACAUAUAUGCUGGUAUGGGAAUGUCCUGAUGAAUCUCAGCCUCCAGAUAGUGCAAAAAUGACGGAAAUAUGUCAAACACUUGUUCGUUUGCAAUUAGUGAAAGUGUGUCAUCCUCCAGAAGGAUCACCUAUAUCUUUAAGAGAUGUACCACCAUCUGAUGUCGAUGUUACACUUGUUCUUUUUGACUCUAAUGGACGUUUAAUGAGUUCAGACGAUGCAAUGAAGAUUUUGAACAAUGAUGAUGUUGUUAAUAAAAUGAGGGAAAGCGGUUAUAAUAUAUCUGGCUUUCGCCAAGUAUCUCCAACAAUUUCAGGAGUUGGAGCAUCUUCAUCAAAUAAAGUCGCUGAAACUGUUGGUAUUGUAACAGCAAUUGCCCUGGUCAUGAUCGUUGCUGUAAUAAUAAUUGCUGCUCUUAUUGUUCGUUACAAAAAGAAAAACAAGCGAAUUAGAGUUCCAAUGAUGGAGCUAGAUGAGAAGGUGGUAAGUCGUGAUGAUGAUGAUCGUUACGGUCCUGGUCUGAGCAUAAACCUGCCCAUCAAUGAUACAAGUAUUACAUCAGAUAAAGUAGCAUCCAGUCCACUCUCAAGUCCUACUAAUCCAUAUGCACUCUUUGAUGAUCCAAUUUACUCCACAAAACCAGCCCGUCGUAAUAAGUCUGUUAAGAAAUCUACCCUUGAAAGAGCCAAGCAACACCAGAUGGGCAAAUCCAGUUCUCUUGAGAAACUACUUGACGAGGAAGAUGAUAGUCCAGUUAUUACUAAGUCAUUGGAAGAUGGAGAUGAACCCAUAUAUGGAAAUAUGAAUUUUGAGUGCCACGGAAAUGCUGGAGAGCGCUGGCAAAACUACUGGAAAACUGAAACAAUUAUAAGAGGAACUACACCGCCUAUGUAAAGCAAAUUACCCAUAAUAUGCACAAAUUUUUGUCUUAAUCAUGCAAUAUAAUUUAUAGUUAUUACAGUAUUUUACUAAAAUUUUUAGUACAUGAUCAAUAUAGUUAUUGUUUCUUUGUGUCUUUAAUUCUGUACAAAUAUUCGUAUAAGUUGGUUUUCAACAGCAGGAAA